AUGGCGGAUUCUAUGAACCCUCCCCUCUCGUACGAGGCAUCAGCCACAACUACUCAUCCGCACGUCGGAACCACCCUCCCAACGGAGGUGAUCUCAUGUCUGAAGAAUUCUCGAUUCCUUCAUCUUGCAACAUGUGAUGGCUUGACCCCGCACAUCUCGCUCAUGUCCUACACCUACCUCCCCUCGACUCCCUAUGACCCGUAUCCGACGAUCAUCAUGACCACCAACCCCUCCUCUCGCAAAACCAACCAUCUGCUCACCAACCCUUGCGUGUCCCUUUUGGUCCAUGACUGGGUUUCGCACCGUCCGCCUACCCGGGCUCCCAAUCCCGAUGGUCGCGAAGGGUCUCCCCCACCUGCAGCGACACGGUCAUCCUUGGCGAGCCUGCUGUUGAACCUGAACACAAGUGCCCUUUCCAGUAUCUCCACAACUAUCGCCGGUACCGCGCGCUUUCUGGAGCCUGGCUCUGAAGAGGAGGCUUGGUGCAAGAGACAACACUUGGAGAACAACACCUUCGAGGAAGAGCUGGGCACUUUCGGGCAGCAGCUGCAACAGCAACCCGGUCAAAGAAGGCCCAGUAUUUCAAUUGACAGCGAUGUCCGCGUCGUAACCGUUCAGGUGCGCGAGGGCCGUAUCGCAGACUGGAAGGGUGGCGUGAGGGAUUGGCAGUUGGUAUCGGAGGGGGAGGGCACGGAGGGAACGAUGGUUAAUGGUAUUGCUCCCGUGUAA